GACGUUUCAUUUCUGGAUCGAACACCAGCACUACGAAAAGUAGUGAAAAAAUAAUUAUUUGCCUAUAAUCUAUCGAAACAAAAUGAAUUCUGUGGUAAGAGCUGGGCAUUUGGCCCCUUAUUUUAAGUCUUCUACCCAAGUCGUAGCUAACAGCCUGAAACCUCUGGUGGUCGUACCAACACCCUCCGAGAAAACGGUCGUCCUGCCCUUGCCAAAAACUUCAACUGUGGAAACUUUGCAUGGAUCCCUGCCGAUUCAGGGUUUGAAGGUCAAAGCAGGAACUAGAGUACCUGCCCAAGUACGUUUCGCUCAUACUGACAUUUCAUACCCGGAUUUCUCGGCUUACCGUCGCAAAGAAACUCAGGACCCGACUUCGAAGGCCAAUGAAACUAUUGAUGAAAGGCAAUCUUUUACGUACCUUAUUGCUGGUGCUGGAAGUGUAGCUGGUGCCUAUGCUGCCAAAUCUGUGGUCACCCACUUUGUGUCAUCAAUGUCAGCGGCUGCUGAUGUUUUGGCUUUAGCCAAGAUUGAAAUCAAGCUGGCUGAAAUUCCAGAAGGAAAGUCUGUCACCUUCAAAUGGAGAGGAAAACCAUUGUUUAUCCGUCACAGGACAGCAGACGAAAUCUCGACCGAGAAGGCUGUGCCUGUCGACACGCUCCGUGACCCUCAGCACGACGAUCAACGCACCCAAAACCCCAAGUGGUUGGUCGUGAUCGGCGUAUGCACCCACUUGGGAUGCGUGCCCGUAGCCAAUGCUGGUGAAUUCGGGGGUUACUACUGUCCCUGCCACGGCUCCCACUACGAUGCUUCCGGACGAAUCCGCAAAGGCCCCGCCCCUCUCAACCUAGAAGUGCCCCCCCACACGUUCAUGGACGAAGGCUUGCUAGUUGUCGGUUAAAUGUUAAUUUUUAGUACAAUUUAUUUAUUUUAAGCAGAAAUGUACAUCAAUAGUGAAACAAUAAAUGUAUUACAU